CCAGAUGAUAAAGGAUCUUGCUCCCUGGUCCAAUGGGGUCAAGUUUGCUGAAAAAUUGGCGAAAGCUGAGAAAUUAUUCGCAAAUCCCGGAGCACAUGCCUGGUGUCAUUAUGUAAUAAAGGAUAAUCGUAUUUAUCGUAAAUGCUACGGACAACAUGUUGGUUUCUCUAUGUUUUGGGAUUCUGUACUAGGCUGGUUUACUCGGCACACUAACCUGCCUGACCUGGAGAUUAUGGUCAACCUAGGUGACUGGCCCCUGAUUAAAGAGAAGAAUUCUGAUAUCCCGAUGUUCUCCUGGUGUGGUAGCCAGGAUACACAAUGGGAAGAAAAGGAGGAGAAAAUGUUCUGGAAAGGAAGAGACAGUAGGAGGGAAAGAUUAGACCUCAUCAAAAUUUCUAGAAAGCACCCCGAACUUAUCAAUGCCUCCAUCACCAACUGGUUCUUCUUCCGGGACGAGAUGGAAGAGUACGGAGGGAGGAGCAGUCCUGUUCCUUUCUUCUCAUUCUUUAAUUAUAAAUAUCAGCUCAAUAUUGAUGGAACAGUCGCAGCAUACAGAUUAAAACAAAAAUAUCUUCUUAGAACAAAUUAUUCUGUUGUGCAGGAUCAGAUUUUGUGGGCUAAAGCUAAUGAUGAUAAGGUUCUAGAAAUCUCUAGAAACGCCCAACAGUUUGUUCUAGACAACCUGCUCCCCCAUCAGGUGCUCUGCUACCACGCCCACCUCUUAAACCUGUGGGCGGGACUUCUCAGGAAAUCCUCUGUCUACUCCAGCCAUAAAUUUGCAAUGUUAGAGCUUGAACUGACUUUAACGGCUUUUAUAUAGUUAAAAGCUAGAUGUCCUGUUCUAUUUUAGUUCUAAACCAGUUUAAAAUCUCAUCUAAGCUUUUUGCUAGAAUAUUUCUUCAACAAAUAGCAUUAUUAUGAAAUCAUGAUCUCCAACUGUAAUUGCAUUAUUGCCAUUGACAUUUAACAACUAGUCUUACUAGUCAGUUAUCCUGUUAAACGAAGAAAACUCGUGUGUUUUUUGUUUUCUCACUCAAAUUUUUCCAUCAUCUAUAUAUAUAUAGUAGUAAUCUCUUCUUGUAUGUCAUAACUCAGGA